AUGGAUUCUAUCAACUCGCUACUAAAUGAGAUUUUUGGGUCGGUGGCAAUUCAACCGCAAAAGGUGACCGAAAUGUUUGAUAUUCAGAUUCCAACGAUUCCAGACAAGAGUCGACCUCUUCGACCCGUGAUCGCAACCAACCGACAGACGCAAAUUCCCUCUCAACCAUAUUCCACGAACACGAAGGAUGGUCCCUCUAUUGAAGAGGAAGUCGAAAGUCUCUUUCGCCCAUCGCAGGAAUCAGGAGAUUAUCAAGCAACUCAAACAAAUGAAGGCGUAUAUCAGGAUUAUGAUGUGUAUCAUGAUCGUAAUAAUAGUACUAAUCAUGUUAGAAGAGAAAACAAUGCAUAUCAUACAAACAACACAUACAACACGAAUCGAACUCAACCAAUGAAACCAAUCAACCAAAAUGCUUAUCCUCCUUUCCACACUCAAUACACCGAUUUGGUGCGUGUUCACGACGUUCUCGACUCCAUGUACUGGAAGAUCAUUCCAUACGACUAUUUCAACCGCAUCCAGUCCGCUGUUUGCGACGCCAUUCUCCACUCCUCCGAAAACAUCGUCGUCUCUGCCCCCACCGGUUGCGGUAAAACAGUUCUGUUGGAACUCGCCGUGCUAAAACUGCACCACGAAUGGAUUACUGACCCCUCGACCUCCCCUUCGGCUAGCUUUCCUUAUAGUAUUGUCUAUGUCUGCCCCACGAAAGCACUCUGCAAUGAGAUCUUCACGAAAUGGAGCAGCACGUUCGCUUCGCUCGGCCUCAAAUGCGUGGAAGUCACAGGAGACACAGACACUGUCGUCACGCGUUUGCGUUUCCUCGAAACGAUUCACUGUAGAGCUGCACAAACAACUCGCUUCCUUUCACAUUAUUUUCACGACUCCCGAAAAGCUAGAGAUUCUUUCUCGACGGUGGAGUGCUCCGUUCGGCGAUGA